UCUGCACACAAGUUAUACGAUCAGCAGAUGGCUUUAUAUUGUGCUACCGAUACAAUACUCUAUAUACGUGGUUGGUUAGCCGGCAAGUCAGUGUCAAUGCAUUCAGCUAUAGAUUCGUGCUUUUUCUCAUCAAAUCAUCUCACGAAAGCGGAUAUCCUGCGAAGGGUCCUUCAGGACUGGACAACAGUAGAAUCUUCGACGCUCAAUUCGUGAGAUAACACAUCUUGAACGGCGCUUUCUGGAUACGCCGCAGCACAUACGCGGAUAAGACCGCCUCCUCGUCAUUCCUGCGUCCGCAUAGUCAAUACUCCUGGAAAUUUUUUACCAAUAUAAUAUUACACAGGAUCGCCUCUAAUCAGUUGUGCCACCGCGUUCAACAGAUUGCGCCGGUUUGGAUUACUUUUAAUAAUGCAGUUUGGGAUGGUCGUUAUCGCCCUGAUCCCCACUAUGAUUGUAUGUUAAGUAGCUUAAUGAACUGCUACAACAACCACUGGUAUCGCACUACGCCGUACGUUUGUUUUCAUUGCGCUCCGUGGUGACCUUAAGAUUGGCUUGCCUAAUUGACUUUAAAUUCAGUCGGCAAUCGUCCAGGUUGUGGUCACCAAUUAAGACUGCGGAAGAAAGGAUGCAUAACACUUUAUCACGGCAUACCGGCUAAACUCGCCUUCACAAGUAUUGUUAAGCUGUAUGUAAACCGAGCUAGCCAAAUAGCGCUUAUUUCAACUACGGAUGUCACGGUGGAUAGCACGAUCAUGCUGACAGGUAAAGAAGUCAUAUGGGAUUUCCUCCAGCUGUUCGUCCUUUCACACUCCAUUCUCAUUCAGUCUGCCUCGGCAAAUGCUGACGCAAAACGUCUUUAUGACGAUCUCCUAUCAACAUACAAUCGUCUAAUAAGGCCCGUUGGCAAUAAUACCGAAAGGUUAACUGUCAAAAUGGGACUACGAUUAUCCCAACUAAUCGACGUCGACGAGAAGAACCAGAUUAUGACGGUUAAUGUAUGGGUGAGGCAAGAGUGGAACGAUUCCAAGCUUAAAUGGAAUCCUAGGGAAUAUGGAGGAGUGGAGCGGUUAUAUGUUCCAUCAACAAUGAUUUGGCUUCCUGAUAUAGUGCUAUAUAACAAUGCGGAUGGUAAUUAUGAAGUCACUCUCAUGACGAAGGCUACGCUGCAUCCAGACGGGCUGGUUAUUUGGGAGCCUCCAGCUAUUUAUAAAAGCUCCUGCUCGAUCAAUGUGAAGUACUUUCCGUUUGAUAUUCAAGACUGUGCAAUGAAAUUUGGUUCAUGGACGUACGAUGGAUUUCAGGUUGACCUACGUCAUAUUGAUGAAGUGGAAGGAUAUAACAAUAUUACCAGUGGAAUCGAUCUAGUGGAGUAUUAUUCUAGCGUCGAGUGGGAAAUCAUUGGAGUGCCAGCUGUACGCAAUGAAAAAUUCUAUCCCUGUUGUGCCGAGCCAUAUCCAGACAUUACGUUUAAUGUGACAAUAAGGAGGAAAACACUCUUUUAUACGGUUAAUCUUAUCAUACCUUGUGUGGCCAUUUCCUUUUUGACGGUUUUGGUCUUUUAUUUACCUUCCGCAAGCGGAGAAAAGGUCACGCUGUGCAUUUCCAUUCUGCUGUCGUUGACAGUGUUUUUUCUGCUUUUGGCCGAGCUAAUCCCUCCGACUUCCCUUGUGGUUCCGUUAAUAGGCAAAUAUCUGCUUUUCACAAUGGUCCUAGUGACGCUCAGUAUUGUCGUAACGGUUGCCGUCCUUAAUGUUCAUUUUCGCUCCCCUUCUGCCCACCGCAUGGCUCCAUGGGUACGGCAUCUGUUCAUCGAAAUUCUCCCGCGCUUGCUUUGUAUGCAGCGCCCGAUUGAUGAAUGGCAUAGCAAUCCCAAUCAGCCGCGCGUACGUAUCCGUACAUGUAAUGGCGUCGAAAUUCGGGAGACUUUUGCGGAAGAUAUGACGGCUGCGGGAUCGAUCCGUCGGGCGCCGUUGGCCAGAGAAGCGACUUUUGACAAUAUACAUCAUAGUGGAUCGUGGUUAACAAGAGCUAAUGCGUUGGGCGAAACAGAUCUUAUGCUCAGUCCGUGUAAUCAAGACAGUGAUCGGGCAACCAUACGGAAGCGGUAUACGACGGAUAUACAGAAGGCGGUUGAAGGAGUGGUGUAUAUUGCCGAUCACAUAAGAAAAGCGGAGGAACUGAAUGAAGUGAUGGAAGACUGGCAGUUUGUGGCGAUGGUGCUAGGAUACACAUCUGCCAUGUGCACACAGCAACAGCAGCAUGCAGAUUGGUCCUGCUGGGUAACAAGUUUAAUGACUUUCUUACGGGCAUUUGAAUUUCCAGAUCGAUUGUUUUUAUGGAUUUUUACGUUAUCCUGCGUUAUUGGCACACUUGGAAUACUCUUGGAUGCCCCCAUGUUAUUUGAUUACAGAGAAGCUCUGGACAAGCGAAAGAUAUAGAUGUUCCAGAAAAAAUAUAUUCAUCUGUUUUUAUUGCCAUGCGCAUUCGCAGCUCGCUUUUCAGCUGGUCUGUACAAGUUGGCCCGUUUGAGGUGGGAUAUACAUAUGCAUUGAACAAAUAUGCAUGCAAAGUGUGGCUUUAUUAAACGGCAUGAAUCGGUUUGUCCGGAAUUGGUGCUCUUGGUAAAAGGUUAAAUCCGAAUUGCCUUUUACAUCAUUAUGAAUGCAAAUCGAGCAAUGCUGCUGAAUCUUUCGCCUAAAUAAAUACCGCUCCUUUAAACCACAGUGGACACAUUCUAUCACAAAUAGUGUGAAUAUUACCUCAAAUAAGCAUUUCAUGCUUUCGUCGCUUCCUGGAAUAACAUUAUAGCAAUUCUUUUUUGGUAUCGGCUCCUUUGUAUCAUAUAAACUAGGCGCUCGCAGUAUAAUGACCAAAGUUCCCACAACACAAGCAAU